AUGAACCUGCUUGUGAGCCUCACGAAUGGAAUCACUAAGCAUGGAAUAAAGGAGCCUCUUGUUAUCGCCGAAAAGGGCAUAUACUCUCCCCGAACGCUGAAAAAUGACAAGGUUUUAAACGCACAAACUACCGCCGCAAGUAUCUGCAAUCCCAAAAAGAGUAAAAGUCAAGGCUCUCUUGAAAAACUACGUAUGGUAGGAAAGGGCUCGAUGUUUGAGAGACGGGCUGCUCAGGAGUAUUUGAGCCCUUACGCAGCUCAUCAAUUUGCUAGACAUACAUUGAGUCCAUCUUAUGACGCGAGCCAUGCUCAAGCCAAUUAUCUGGCUCUGAAAAGGCUGAAGACCGCGAACAAUUCAGAUACUAUGCUCUUCAAUAUGUCGAAACAGUAUGUCGAAGAAAUGAUUCCACUGCUAGUUUUUUUGACACCUCCGGAGGUCUCAACUGGGCAUGCGAAAAGGCCUUUCCGCAACGAGGUGUUCACAGAGAUCCCCUCUAUCCCCGAUUUCACAAAGCAACCAAAGCUCUUCAGCACAUACAUCGGUACUCUGACACAUACGCGAUUUCUCUAUAAAAAGUCGUCCUCGCUCAAUGGAGUGAUCCCGAAAAUUCUUCGCAACCUCAUGCAUCCUUCUAACCUCAAGACAAUACAACUUAGAGAUGUGGAGGUUUUUAAUGAUGUCAUAUUUUUCUUCAGUGAACGAAGUGAUCAAGCUACGUGCAGGGAACUAUUUUCUCAAAUGAAGCUAGAAGGUGUAAUGCCGAACACUAAGACCUUUAACUUAAUGCUUCGUAACGUUCUCAGGAAGUCACAUAUCAGAAGCAUGAGACACCCACUUCACGAUGCGCUCUAUUUCUUGCGGCAAAUGCGACAUCAUGAAGUACAGGCAGAUUCUGUUACCUGGGCCACUUGCUAUAACCUGCUGAUAGAAGGCUUGUCGCGUGACGUAUUUCUUGAAAAGUUGAUUGAAUGCAGUGUUCCUAUAACGCCUCAAUUAGUACUGGCUGUUCUAACCUCUGGUGAGCUAAGUUCUUCCCAACUGCUGCGAUUUCUGACAAACAACUCCGUUCCGCUCGACACCAAACUUUUUAACUUAUGCCUAAAAACACUCCUGGCUGAAGAGAAGUAUGAUGCUGCGUGGGCAUUUGUCGACCACGCUCACGAGAAUGCUAGAUUCAAGCUCAAUCAUGAGAGCAUGAAUUUAUUUUUAAGACGUUUUGCUGAGUUGGGAAGGUUGGACCUGGCGCUUUUGACCUUCAACUCAGCUGUUAAGACAUAUGGUAUUGAGGCAAAUCUUCAAUCAUUUGACAUGUUGGGAAAAGCGUUAGUGCGCAAUGGUUAUACCAAUAACUUUUCUCUAAUUUUGGACUAUUUAUGCCGGUCAAGGGACCAUCACACAAAGGAGGUUCAAGUCUUCAGUUAUUGGCUGUCUAAAGCUCGAGCCAUGGCCAAAUUCAAUAUUCGACGCGAAGUGACCAAUGAUGGUAUUGAAAGAACGAGAAAACUUCUGGCUGGUGCGAGGUGGACCUCUCAAGGUUUAAAGUGGGAUUGCUGGAACUCUGACCCUUCACUGCGUAAAGUUUUCAGAUUACUGGGCUGUGUACCGCGAGCGGUAAAAGUGGAACCGAAAAAAGAGCGCUUUACGACUGGGGAAGGAUGUUCAGCAAAGAAGAAAAAGUUCAAGAAUAGAGUGAGGACGCUGGCAGUCCGUAGUGCUAUGCUGAAAAGAGUUCCCUAUGCCGAAGACCGUUACUCUGCACUCAAGGAGGAACUUCAAGAGAGAAACAUCCUUGAAUAA